UGCACCCUCCCUUCAGAUACUGAUCCAUAUUGCUGAGAUCUUCCCUAAGCCUUUUCUUCUGUAGGCUGAACAGCCCCACCUCUCAGCCUCUCCUCACAGGAGAGGGGCUCCAGCCCUGUCAUAUUUGUUGCCCUGUGUUGGACUUUCCCCACUAUGUCAGGGUCUCCCUCGUGCUGGUGGAAGGAGGUGCAACUGGACAAAGUGUUCACCAGUGCAGAGUAGAUGGGAAGGAUCACUGCUCUCAAUUUGCUGACAGCACUCCUUAUUUCCCCAGCUUAAUUUUAUGCUCCAACUUUAAAAUAGGGGAGAAGUGCAGAAAGCCGAGCCUUUACCUAUUACUGUUACACAAGCAGUGUUAAUGAUCAGGACUGCUGAAGGGUCUGGAGCACAAGCGUUACUGGGGGUGGCUGAGGGAACUGGGAUCGUUCAGCCUGGAGGAGGCUCAGGGGAGACCCAAUCCGCUCAGAACGGAGGUCUAGGCCGGCUCCCGCUGCCAGGGGAACGGCCAAACGGCCGCCGGCAGCCCCUCACCACCCACUGCCCGGCGGAGCCCAUAAGGAAGAAACAAUGAGAACCUAAGAAAAGUGGAAUCGCUGAGACCUUCCUGUUUGAGCUCAAGGGACUUGAUACACAACAUUUGUGCCACUUACUGUGCAUUGAGGCAUCAGCUGGAAAGCCACAUCCUCUUCAGGACACAUCUGGAAGGACCUGAAAAAAUGUGGAGGAAAGCAGCGGAAAAAUAAUAAAAAUAUAAAGCCUGUUAUCCUUCAAAAUUUGGCUGGAUCACUUCCACAAAUUCAUUAAGGAUUUGACCCAUUAACCUUAGUACAUGUGCACAGUAGAUAGCAGAAGGUCUGGGGAAGCCAGGCUGCAAAAUACUGCACAAUAAUGCUUGAAACACAGUUGUUUUCCUAUUCUCCUAAGGACACUGAUGAGCCACCCCAAGAUGACUGGACCACCCCAAGGCAACGGAGCUGUGCUUUUGUAAAUACUCCAUUACCAUGUGUUAAUAAAGCCAUUCAUCACAUUCAAGAGUUGGAAGUAAAGAUGGGAAAAUAUUUUCAACAGUAUGACCAUGUGUUUAAGGAGGAGAAAAAGCCAUGGAUAACAGAACAGGUCAGUGCUGAAUCUAAUGAAGAUACCUGGUUAUCAUUAUCAACUAGUUUGGAUUUUCAAGAUGCUAAUGUAUCUCAUGAAGACAGCAAGACAUUAACCUUGAAGCAGGAAAUAGCAGCUUUGCUACUGGAAGUUACUAAGCUAAUUAAGCGAUUGGAGGCCGAUCGUAUGGAGGCGGAAAAAGCUUUGGAGCAGGAGAGACAGCGAAGGAAAAAGCUUGGCAUGGAAAUAGAUAGUAUGUCACUUUGGAGGCUUCAGCACUUCCCUGCUGCUGUGCAAAAAGAAUAUGAAACAUGCGCUCGAGAUACCUUAGAGCUACAAUGGCAUUUCGAUUGCAAAAGCCGUCAGCUGCGACAGGUACAAAACCAGAUACUUAAGAUAGAAGCAGUCAGCAGAAGGAUUCAGGAGGACGUAGACUUCAUGAAGAAACACAGCCCUCUGCUGGAAGAAAAGUUGAAUCUGGAGGGUGAAGCUGUGAAGGAUGUUUUACUGGCUUAUGAAAAGGCAUCCAGAAUAUAUUCUGAUGUUCAUUCUGAGCUCAUGAAAAUUCAAAAGACAAUGAAAAGAAUUGAAGAAGAAGCUAAAAAGAAGAUAAAAUCUAUGUAUGAAAAAAUUAAAUGUGCUGAGAUGCUACUAAGUGAAUACAAGAAUGAGUUAAAGCAUUCUGAAUUUAUUUGGACCGAAUACUGUAUGAAGUUAAAAAAAACAGAGGAGAAGAUUAUAAAGGAUGAAAAACACCUUGAGGAGUUAGUGAAGCAAAAAGCAGAAAUCCAGGAAGAUGCAAAAUGUUGGAACAGCAAAGUGGAAGAUUUGAAUAAUAAAAUAACUGCACAAGCUGAUGAGAACAUAAAAAUAUCGGAUGAUUGUUCUGACUUGGUUAAAGCUAUGGAAGAAUUUAAAUCCACCAGGGAAAUUGAUCUACAAAGUAGAAAGCAAAAGCUUCUCAAAAUCAAUGAAGCACUGGACAUUUUGAAACGUGAAAAUGAAGGACUCCAAGGAGAAAGUGAAGAGUUUUUGCAAAAACUUGGAAAUUGUUCAAGAACAAAGGAGGCACAUCAGUCAGAAGUCAAAACUCUCAGCAAAAGCAUAGAGGAGUCUGAAGAGCAAAUAAAACGACUAAAUGAACUGCUUUGUAAAGCUGAAUUAUCUUACAAUGAAAAAAAAGCAAAGUAUGAAGAAAUCCAAGAAGAAAUAACUGCAGAAAAGAUCUCUAACAAGAAUUUGGAGUGGAAUCUUAUAAAAGAAAUUCAAGACGCAAAAAAAAUUUGCAAAGUGAUUCAGACCAGGACUAAAAACAUAUAUGAUGAGCUAGAGGAAAAGCAAAGAGAGAAGCUAAAGAAAAGAGAAGAAGAUAUGAAGAGAAUAGAAGAGCUAGAGAGACACAUAGCUCAUCUAAAAGCAAAUUUGAAAAGAAAUGAAGCUCUAUUUAAUGAAAACCAUAAGAAACUCUCCUAUUUGAAUCAGAGAACACAAGAGCUAGAUAAAAAGCAGAAGCAAACAGAACAACAACUGAAGCAAAAAGGAAAUAUUCUGCAACAACAGUUAAAUGCUACACAGGAAAAACAAUCAUUUCUUUCUAGUCAAAUUGAUGAAAACUGUCUCACUAUGGAAAAUUUAAAAAAUGAACUUAAGGAACUUGCUGAAUUAUGGAAUAUGAAGCAAACACAGAUGGAAGAUGCAGAAAAACUGUUAAUCGAUUUACGGAAAAAUCUAUGUGGUGUGACGCUUAAGCAGCAAAAUGUCCAGACACUAUUUGAUCAUCUCCAAGAUGAGCUAGCAGAAUAUGAAAAAAGGUUAAAGCAGGAAGCAAAAGUAUAUGGAGAGUUACUACAGACAAGAAAAAAAGAUCUGAAAAAUUCAGAAGCCAAUCUGGAGCAAGUUAUUAGAGAAAAUCUGUUGUUAUCUCAGGAAUAUCAAAUGUCUCAGAAAUGCUACUUAAAUUGUAAAGAAGAUCUCACAGAACUCUAUGACAGUAGAAUCAAGGUGGAAAAUUCAUUUAGAGAUCAUCAGCAGGUGUUCCUCCUCCUGAUGCAGAGAUGUCCAUUCUUCCUCACAACAGCAACUCUUGUGCUAAAAUAUGUCUGCAAGAUAUGGAAUGUGAAGAUAACCAUAUUCCCACCCUUCCGUUUCAGAAUAGCUCAGGUCAAGGUGGUCUAAUGGGUUGCAAAAUAAUCUAGCAAUGUUUAUCUCUGCAGCUCUUGCUGGCUUAUUUCUUAUGUUUGACCAAUUUGUAUUACUCUGCAGUUUCUAGCUCGGCAUAACCUUUGUCUUGAAGUAUAGUUUAAGCAAGCGAGAUUGGACCUGUGUUAUAGCUACAUGUCAUUCAAGAGAUGCAGCCUCAUCAUUCCUGUUACAUACACCUGUCAAAACAAAGAAAUCUCUCUCCUUCUUAGAUUGGAACUCGUUUUCCUUCUACAGUGAACAGUACUUUUCUUUCUCAUCUAGCCCUACUGAAACAAGACUUCAAAUCGGUACAUUAAUGAUAUGUCUUCAAACUUUUAUCCUCAGUGUCCUUUACCUUUUGUUCUCAACAUCAGCUUCAUCAGUGUUAUGUUCUCUCCAACCUAAAGCCUCAUUUCUAGGAGUGAAAAUGCAAGGCUCUUGUACUAGCAUACGUGACUGAGAUCACUGAAGGAUUUGGCAUGAGAAUAAUUUGGAUAGUCCUAAACAGUUAUGCACCUGAUAGUUUGGCCUGGUGCACUACAGUAACCAGAAAAGCAUAUGUUAUUAUGCCUUGAAGAUCUAAAUUAUCAUCUACUAAACUUGGUUAGAGACGGGAGUUACUCAUUCUUUGAGUUGCAGUAAUACCUGACAAUAUAUUGA